CCUGGAUUUUGACGUUUCCGAGAAUGUAACGCCAGCUGUCACUUCAGGGCGAUGGGUUUCUGACGUGUUGUUUUGUUGAUGUACACUUGGCACUUUGGCAAAUUGGAAGCCGCCUGAACAAACGACAAAAUGUUCAAUAUCGCCACACAUAUGGACUUUGAGGGCCAAGGAAGGGCCGAGAAGCUGUCCCGCAUCAUCAUUACACUGUUCGGUACGGUCGGGCUAGUGUGGGGCUACAUUAUCCAGCAAUUCUCGCAAACGGUCUACAUUCUCAUCGCUGGUGUACUGCUGGCAUCGAUUCUCACCAUUCCACCGUGGCCCAUCUACCGCAAGAAGCCGCUCAACUGGCAAAAGCCUCGUCCGGAUCCGCAAACUACGCAAAGUUCAACAGAUGAACCAAAGAAGAAAAAGAAAAACUAAUUCUUCCUUGGAUGGGAUCUCGCUUGCUGAACGAUUAAAUUACGAAUAAAAAAUAAACUACAACACACACACCUAUUGUGGGCUGACAUUCGGGGCUGUUUGUCGGAACAAAAAACCCCAGCUUGUAA